AUGGCUCGUGCAGCGUCCCGUCGGCAGGUCAAGCCUGUUGCCACGCCAGCGACCAACCUCAUCAGCAAGUAUGGCCGAGUCUCCAAGACCCAUCCUACUCUUGUAGACGACUCAUCGAAGAAGGUCUUCUUCAUUGGACUGCCUACGUCUCUUUCGGUCGCCAAGCCGGUAGUCAAGACCGAGAUCAAGCUCGAGUCUAGCCUGGAGAGAGCCCUCCCCCCUCAGCCUGCAGCGACCCCCUCGAAGAAACGCAAGGCAAGAUCGAUCGACGAAGACAACGCGAGAAGCGACAUCCCAGCACGCGAGUCUAUGAAGCGCCAGCGAGUCUUCAGGAAUAGCGGCAAGGACGAGCCUGUCCCCAUCAAGAUCGAGACAGUCCCCAAAGUCGGAACCACCACCGCCACUUCUACACACAAGAGCGCACCAUCUCCAGUCGCCGACAGUCGCCGAAAGACUCACAAGUCAGACAUCAUCUCCCAAGCAAAGAACGAAGUCCGCAAAGCCAACCAAAAGGUCAAACGAACAAAGAAGCACAAUGCCACAAAGUCGGAGAUCAACAACAGAGUAGUCAAGAAGCAAUUGCCUGCCGAGCUGCUGGAGCUCCUGGACUUGCAACGCGCCAUCUUAAAGACUGUUUCUCUUCAACUUGUGCAUCAAAACAAUAACGCCCCGCUUGAUAUCAGCUCCAUCACACCUCACGUCGCCCGCACGUGGGGAAAGAGGAAAGUCACAGUCGACGACAUCCGGAGAUGCAUUGCCAUUCAAGACACAAAGCCUGCCUGCCAAGAGGAUGGGUUCCUCGGCUCGCCCUUUAUCGUCACCGACUACGGCCGCGGCAAGCUCUGCCUCGAGAUGGAUCUCAUCAAGAACUCUAGCCGCAUCGAUGAGGACAAGCUGUGCCAGCAAUUCGAGGAGAACCUCCAAAUCAUGUGCUCCCAGCGCGCCAUGGACGAGAUGUCGGAUCUCGAUAUCUGCUUCGAGAACCUCAGCUUCAACGAUCUGCCAAAGUCCGACAUUACUAUUCGUCACACGACGAUCUCGCAAAACCCCAUGUUCGCCAAAGGCCAACGCGCCUUGACUGGGAUCAAGAACGACAUCCUUUCAAAGAAGCAGGAGAAGGAGGCACAAGUCCAAGCGGCCAAGUUCCCGACACUCAACCCCAAUGGCACCAAGAUGACCCUCCUUGACAGACUGCGAGCCAAGGAAGAAGCCAACGCCAACAUCCAGCUACCCACUGGCCCAGAGCUUGCUAGAAAGAGGGCGCUGCAGCGUGUCGGAGAUAUUUCCGCCAUCAUUUCCAUGCUCGUGUCGUCGUCGAAUUCGGCCGGACAAUUGGUCAUGCCUUUUACCAUGACCGUUCUGCAGCAGAAGCUGAAGGAUUCAAUGCGUGUCCCCAUGCCCAUGGAGGAAGGCGUUGAUGCGGUUCGACUCAUUGCCAAAGAGGUCGCACCGGAAUGGUUGAAAGUUGCCACCGUUGGCGGCAAGGAGCACGUUGUCAUCCAGACGAGACGCAAACCGUACGAGGCGGAGCUCGCCGCGCGAGUAAACCGACUUCUUGCAUAG